CCGCCAUUGUUAAAGAUGUCUCGCUACUCGAGACCGCCUAACUCAUCUCUCUAUGUUCGUAAUGUUCCUGAUAAUACGAGAACUGAAGAGUUGCGCUCCCUGUUUGGUAAAUAUGGUCCCUUAAAAGAUGUUUACGUUCCCGUGGAUUAUUUCACACGUCGACCACGAGGUUUUGCAUAUAUACAGUUUGAAGAUCCAAGAGAUGCUGAUGAUGCAUUGUAUCACCUAGAUAGAACAAGAUUUUAUGGAAGAGAACUGGAGAUUGAGUUUGCAAGAGGAGACAGAAAGUCUCCCAAUCAGAUGAGAUCAAAGGAAAAGUCUAGAAGAGGCAGCUCACCAUAUCAUGGCGGCUAUCGUGAUGACUAUGAUCGAGGGCGAAGAAGAAGAAGCAGAAGUCCAAGAUACCAUUCUAGGUCACGUUCCAGAAGCCCUAACUACUCCAGCAGGUUUCAUUCUAGAUCCCGAUCCAGAAGCCCAUAUUAUUCUAGGCGAUGCAGAUCACCAUAUGACUAUUAUGAUAGUAGGCACCGAUCAAGAUCCAGGAGUCCUUACAAUAAUGACAGAAGAAGGUCACGCAGCAGGAGCAGAGGAGGAAGAGACAGGAAGUCCUACAGUCGCUCCAGGAGUAGAUCAAGAUCAUAUGACAGAAAAAGGAGCGUUUCACCAAAGAGAUCAAGGUCUUAUAGUAGGUCACCAUCACCGCGAGGUGGUAACAGAGAUGGAUCCCCACGCAAAAGUCGCAGUCUUUCACCAGAAACAGAGUGAUGUUCCUGGGCAUUUCUUGCUGUAUGACAAACUGAAGGAGUGUGCUUAGACUAAACACGAUCAAUCAUGACAAGAGCAACUCGAACAAGGAGAAUACUAAAGGUUUUGCUAGUUUUUCUGCUGGGCAUUUAAUACCUGUGUGUGACUUGAGGAGUUGCCUGUCAGAACAAAGGAUAUACCGAUUUCUAGAGGCUGCCUCAAUGUAUCCUAACAUUUUAACAGAGUUGUGCUGUAGGGGUUUUAUCAUUUCUGAACAAAAGGACAGGUGUAGUAUCUUAGAACAUUUUAAAUCCUUAUUUACACAAAGUUUUCUUUGUUCUCCUACACAUUCAUGAAUUUUCGUCACAAAUCUUUUUAACUUGUGUGCUUAUUGAUCAGGGUUUUUUCCCCCUCCAACAAAAUCUGUUUUAAUCAUUUUCAUGUAAGACAGUGUUCCAUUGUAUAUAGUUCAGAGGUUAAAGAGUUGAUCAUCUGGAUCAUGUUUCACUUGACAUUUGUACUGUUCCCUGAUGACACAGGAAUCAUUUUAUAAUCAAUAAAAUUGCAUACAUGUCGACAGAUCUGA